AUGGUGGUAAAUAGGAUCUGUGCCACAGCACCGAGAAUCACAAAUCGAAGGUGGACCCAGUUUGGGGGAAGUCUUUCAGUUGAACCGAAUCCUAUUGACUUCGACAAGGUUCUAGUCGAGUUCCAGCAGUCACCAGAAACUGGAAAUAUCGCUGUAAUUGUGGCUAUUGCGGUGGUUUUAUUGUGUUAUACAACUACGUUUGUUAUCGUAAGGAAAUUCGACAAAGAAGACGCAAAAAAUAGGAAAUUACCGAUCCAACUUCCAUCAUCAUCUUCAAGUAGCACAUAUGAGUAUAUUAUAGUGAUUACUACUGGGGCUUGGAAAAACUCAGGCACGACUGCUCAUGUAGCUUUGGAAAUAUACGGUUCUGAAGGAAAGAGUGGCAUUCUUCAGCUUAGCCAAGAAGAGCCUGCUGCAGUUGAUGUGUUAUUCUCUCGAGGUAAUUCAGAUGUUUUUGUACUUUAUGUUACCAAAUCACUUGGUUCGAUUCAAAGAGUGCAGAUUGGGCAUGAUAAUUUUGGAGAUAAUCCCUCGUGGUACCUAGAGGAAAUUCUGAUUCGGGAUGUACAAUCCAGACAGUGUUGGAAAUUCUUGGCCAGUCAGUGGUUUGCUCUUGAGCGCGGUGACGGGCGCAUCGAGCGAAUAAUCGACAAGACCUCAAAUCAUCUGGAUUUUGGCGAUGAAGUUGCAAGACGUUGGCGAAGAGGCCUCGCGGAAGGGCAUAUUUGGAUUUCAGUAGCAGCCAAGCUAAGAAGAAGCCGCUUUACAAGAGUACAGCGGCUUUCUUGCUGCCUCUCAGUGCUUUUGACAUCCAUGUUUGCUAACGCGAUGUUCUAUAAGUUAGAAGGCAAAUAUGAACAGCCUAUCCAAGUCGGACCGCUGAAAAUGUCGUGGAGACAAGUGGUGACUGGAAUUGAAAGCGCGCUUGUUGUGACGCCCAUAAAUAUUGUCAUAGUGUUACUGUUUCAGAAAGGGGCCGAAAAGUCUGUGACGAACAAUGGCUACUGUCAUAAAGGUACACUGAUCAGUGGUAUCUCUUGGUGUUUGUUGCUUUUUUCUUGUUUUGUUUCGGCUGCGUUUACAAUUUUUUACAGCCUUAUUUGGGAAAAGAUUGUCAAAGAGCAAUGGCUGUCUUCGAUGCUUAUCUCAUUCGCGCAGGACGUAACAAUCAAGGAACCAGUAAAGGUGUUCUUCACAGCUUUAACUGUCGCGGCCAUUUUAAGGAUAAAGGCGAAGAGAUCAAAAGUACACGCCUGCGAAAGCCCUCAGCAAGUUAAAGCUGGGUACAAUAAGAAAAAUAUUUGGGCACUGGAAUUUUCAGAAGUGGAAAAGAUGAGGAGACGACAAGCUAAGAAACAGAACCUGUCACGUUAUUUUACAGAAUUGGGUUUAUACUUGGUCUUCGUUUUCUUACUUCUGGCAGUGUGCUAUGGAAACAGAAGUGACCAUCGGUACUUGAUGACAAAAUCAAUCCGAGAUGGACUACAAAACUUCGGCAAGGUGAAAAACAACACAAUGUACUGGUGGUGGUUACAGCGUGUUUUCAUUCCAGGAGUGUAUUCCGGCAGAUGGUACAACGGCCAAAAGGAAAACCAAACAAUUUACAUUGGUAAUAAACGCUCUCUUCUCAUUGGAAUGGCAAGAAUAAGGCAACUCAGAGUGAGAUCGACACAAUGUAAAGUCCUCAACUAUAUGGAAACAUUGUUCGAAGAAUGUUUCAAGGGAUACUCGACAGAGAACGAAGAAAAGACCGCCUACAACAAACCAGGCUGGAUGCCUUUUGACAAUGCUACUAGGAAUGACGAGUUAUUACAACCUUGCCCGAAGCCAUGGCGAUAUCAAAAUGCCGAGGAAACCGACACUACACCCAGGUGGGGACAGUUCUCAUUUUAUGAUGGAGGAGGAUUUGUAGCAGACCUCGGCUAUGAUAGCCAUACGGGAUUCAGUACAGUAACAAAUUUACAAGACAACGGCUGGGUUGACAGGCAAACCAGAGUUGUCCUGGCAGAGUUUUCGACAUUCAAUCCGUCGGUAAAUAUUUUAGUUGUUGCCACAUACUUCUAUGAAGUUGAUGCAUCUGGACUGAAAGCAGCCUCUGUGCAAACUCGUGUUCUUUCACUUGAUUCUACAAACGCACCUUCGCAUCAGUUUUAUUUGAUUUGCUUGUUUCUGUACACUGUAUUCGUUUUUCUGUAUUUUGGAAGAGAAAUGUUUAGGCUUUAUAAUCAUCGCUCUCGAUAUUUCAAGUCCGUGUGGAACUGGGUCGAGAUCUUCCAAAUUGUUUUUUCUCUGUUUGCUGUGGUAAUGUACGUAAUACGACAAAGUAAAACCCUUUCAACUAUGGGUAAACUGCAUAAAAACAUUUACGCAAAUCUAAGUUUCCAAGAAGCUAUCACUUGCCAAGAAGUGGAAAUUGUCGUACUUGGAAUUCUUAUUUUCAUCGUCACUACCAAGCUCUUGCGAAUCAUUCGCUUCAACAGCUAUGUCGCUCUAUUCUCCAAAACAUUGAAAAUAUCUGCACGAUCUUUGUCAUCCUUUAGUAUUAUUUUAUUGAUUUUCUUUGUGGCAUUUUUGCAUUUUGGUGUCUUGAUGUUUGGCUCUGUAUCUGAGCGCUACUCUUCGCUGCUGAAAGGAGUUUAUUUCCAGCUCGAGCUAACUCUUGGUCGAGUGAAAGCUAGACCAAUCAAUGAACUAGCUGAGGCUAGUACCAUAUACGCCAAAAUAUUCGCCUUUUUAAUCCUCUUCACUCUCACUGUCCUCUGCAUGAACUUCUUUAUCGGCAUGAUCAACGAUGCUCUUUUGGAUGCUAAGAACAAUGUGAGCGAAAGUGAGCCGCUGUAUGAACUUAUUGAUGAGAACCGUUGGUUGAGGUCAAAAGAAAGAAAAGAACUUUUCGAUGCAAUCAGUAAUACAUUGAAACAGUCGAGAACUUCCAAAACGUCAGCAAAAGUAAAAGAAAAAGAAUCAGGAAACGUUGGCCUUUACUCCAAGAACAGUUCCAAUCUCAACUUUGAUUUAAUAAGUCAAGCUAUCAUAGCUUUGAGGGAGAAAAGAUCCAGAGAAACAAUAUAUAAACGGCAAUGCAGCACAAGGAGACAAUCUUUGUUAGACAAGAUAAGCAACAUGUUAAAAUCUCUGAAAGGUGAAAGCAAUGUUGACGGCAGCAAACGUAGAGAAAAAAAGAAAGUAAGAUUUCAAGAGGACGUCGUCGAGUUUUCUCUCCGUAAAUUACGUAGGAGACGGGAUGACCUGUUACAACGGUUCGAGAGUAUUGUUUCUGGGUUCUCUGAAGAAGAUGAAGAAUUCAAUUAUUUAUUAAAAACAGCAGAGGCUUAUAACUGCUAG